AUGGCUGUGCGUGCGCAAAAUAAUUUAUUUAAAAUUUUAAACGGAUACUAUUCAUCAAGAUCGGUUAAAUGUUUUUCAGUUGCGACGAGUAAAAAUAGUAAAAAUUAUACAUUUGAUUGGCAAGAUCCAUUCAACAUUGAAUCACAGUACACUCAAGAUGAAAAAAUGGUCAGAGAUCAAUUUCACUCAUACUGCCAGGAGAAGUUGCAGCCACGAAUAUUAGAUGCCUUUAGAAAUGAACAUUUCGACAAACGUAUAAUGAAAGAGUUGGGUGACCUUGGAGUUCUGUGUUGCACUUUGAAGGGCUACGGAGCUUCAGGAGUUUCAUCUGUAGCAUACGGUCUUAUUACCAAAGAAAUAGAAUCUGUUGAUAGCGGGUACAGGUCGUCAUAUUCAGUGCAAAAUCUUGCAUCAACUGCUAUUGAUUCUUGGGGCAGUCAAGAACAGAAAGAUAAAUAUUUACCUAAAUUAGUUAGUGGUGACUACAUUGGAUGCUUUGGACUAACGGAGCCAAACCACGGCAGUGACAUAGGAUCAUUAGAAACACGAGCUACAUAUGACGCGAAUAAAAAAAUUUACAAGUUACGUGGUAGUAAAACAUGGAUAACAAACUCCCCAGUAUCAGAUUUGUGCAUAGUGUGGGCGAGAUGUGAAGAUGACAAGAUCCGUGGAUUUAUAGUCGAACGAAAGGGGAAUGAAGACACACUCAGCACGCCUAAAAUAAAUGGCAAAGUAUCUUUACGGGCCUCCACCACUGGGAUGAUUGUUAUGGACGAUGUUGUUGUUCCUGAAUCAAAUAUGCUACCUAAUGUCACCGGUCUUAGGGGACCUUUUGAAUGUCUGAACCAUGCACGGUAUGGUAUAGCGUGGGGGGCACUGGGCGCAGCUGAACAGUGUUUGAAAAUUGCGAACCAGUAUGUGUUAGACAGGAAACAAUUCAAACGACCUUUGGCGGCUAAUCAGUUGAUACAGAAAAAACUUGCUGAUAUGGUCUCUGAAAUUUCUAUUGGUUUGCAAGCUUGUUUGAGGGUUGGUAGGCUGAAGGAUGAAAACAGAGCUGCUCCUGAAAUGAUUUCUCUUAUAAAACGAAAUUCCGCGGCAAAAGCAAUCAAUAUUGCUCGAUCUGCUCGAGAUAUGCUGGGUGGAAAUGGAAUUUCCGAUGAAUAUCACAUCAUAAGACAUAUGGUUAAUCUGGAAGCUGUUAUUACUUACGAAGGAACUGACGAUAUUCAUGGUUUGAUCCUGGGACGCGCUAUAACCGGAAUCCCUGCAUUUGGAUAA